GGGUGUACCGAUUCUCGAUCCGAUUCUCGAUCCCACCUCAGUAUAUAGUAAAUUAACGCGUUAUUGUUGUCACAUAGAAUAUAGAUAGCUUAAUCUUUCGGCUGCAAUUGAUUUGCGCUGCAUUUCUCACUCAUUUGUCAAAGCAGACAUUUAAAAAAGAAAUGACGGUUUCUUUUACAUUCUGCCUUUUACUGUCUUUGACAUACUACGCGAUUGAUAGGUCACUUGGCGCCGAUAGUGGAAAUGAAUGUUCCAGAUUUGACUUUGAUCAUAAACUGCUCGACAGUCUCGUGCGUUUGCAACAAUCGCAUGCAGCUUUGAGAGAAGAACUACAGAAUCUUAAAGCACGUACUGAGGCAGAUAAACAAGCAACAAUCGGGGGAAAUUAUGUACGUUGGGGAAGAAGUGAGUGCCCAGCAAAUGCAACGACUGUCUAUAAAGGAUAUACCGGAGGGUCACUUUACACGCACACGGGAGCGGCGUCCGAUUUCUUGUGUUUACCGGAAGUUCAGCAAUGGGAUCCCAAGACUGAAAAUAAAAAUUUGCUGAGAUUAGCUGGUGCGAAAGUCUACGGUGCUGAGUACGAAAUGAAUGGCGAUUUUGAAAAUUUCUUUGGCAAAAGCAUUCACGACCAUAAUCCGCCCUGCGCAGUGUGCGAGACGGAACGUCCAAACAUAAUGAUGAUACCGGGGAGGACCACGUGCUAUUAUGACUGGACAGUGGAAUACAUUGGUUACCUAGCUGCCGGACACGUAAGUCACCCCGCGGCAUCACAGUACAUUUGCCUCGAUGAGGAUCCGGAAGUGGUAGCGUCAGGAGGUACCAACGAGAAUGGAAAACUCCUCUACCUGGCGGAAGCAAAGUGUGGUUCCCUACCAUGUCCGCCGUUUGAUGAUGGAAGAGUUUUGUCAUGUGUCGUCUGCUCUAAAUAACAGAAACUUUAUUCGAGAAAAUGUUUAAAGGGAUUUUUCAUGAAGAUCUUACAUGUCAAGCAAACACAUUUUUUAUUUAAUGUUUUUAUUGAUUUUGACCAAACUGUACCUAUUUGAUGGAUUUUUUUCACUUUGAUAUUAUAAGAGAUAGUUUACUCUGAUAUCUAAAUUAUGCUCUGGGAAAAAUGUUGUAGGACCCCCAAAUGUAAAAAUGGCCACAUAUGUAAAAAUGGUAAUAAACGUAAAAUAAUUUUACCGUAUAUGUAAAAUCUUUCUACAAAAUGUAAAACCGAGUUGUUAUAAAUGUAAAAUCGUUGCUGGUGACAUAUGUAAUAAAAAAGCGUCAUGAAUGUGAAAACAAAAUUCUGGUCACAUAUGUAAAAUCAAUUUCCUACAAAUGUAAAACACAAUUUUCCCAGUCACCUUGUGAUUUGAUCUAUAUGAAAUAGUUACGCCUUCAUGGUCGGAGUGUUCUACAGAGUGAUAUGUGUUCUCGGAGCGUGAGGGAUAUAUACGAGUAAAAACUAUAAAUUAUAUAUAUAUAUAUAGUAGAGAAAAUUUAUACGAACUAAAUCACCAUCACCAUCACAAUAUACCAGACCAAUUACGACAAAGCGCCUAGCAGUACAAACGAACACGCACAUGCCACAGCAAGUCCACUAACCCAAUAAGAUUAGUUUCGAAGCUGCUUUAUAUACGAGCCCGAAUUGCACUACACAUUCGUACUGGUUCAAUAUUUACAUAUAUGUACUCAAAUCUCUAUUUUCAUGUCUCACAAAUCAGUAGUGACAUUUUAGUCUUUUUAACUGAUUGGGACCAGAGAAGCUAUAUUUUUUCUCUCUGAAAGUUAACUGGAUCUCGAGGAUAUAUUGAAUAUAUACAGAUAAUUUUGCAUUAAGGGAUAUAAUUAUAUUCAGAACAGUUGACUUUCCCAUACGUGAGAUCCGCUAGGAUAUAUAUGUAUAUAUGUGUGUGUGUGUGUGCGCGUGUGUGUGUAGUAAAAAACUUCCAAUUAUUUAGUGCCAUGAAAUAUUCAUGCUGUGUUUAGUUAUACAUUUUGUUAGUGUGUAUGUAGUAUUUUAAACCUAACACGUACUAUUGUUUAUACACAAUUUUAAUAUGCUUGUUUCUGUUAAAACACGCUUACGCUUAAAUGACGUCACGUUAACGUGCGAUAACGUCAAUGCUUUUGUUGCGACCAAGAAAGAGCGCUACUAUACGUUUCUAUUGUUUUCGAUAAAGGGCAUAUUAGAAUUUAAAUGAUGUAUAGAAAACUCGUGUUUUAUUUAAAUUAACGCAUUCAAAAUCGGUUAUACGUCGGUAGAAAUAUUCACUCGGGCUAUGCCCUCGUGAAAUUAUUCCACGGACGUAUAACCUCUUUUUCGUGUAUUAAUAACGUUAAAACACGUUUUGUCUAUACCUUAUUUUUUAAACAUGUUCAUUUAAUGUUAUCAUUGAUACUGAAUAUAGUAGUUUUUAUUUUUUUAAAGAUGACAUAUCUUUAACAAUGUUCUACUAUAGUUCCAACUGAAACAGUAAAUAGCGCUAAACCUUUAUGGAUUAAUAUACCUGCAGAACAUUCGUGUCAAAUAAAAGUCAUACUGAAAUGUAA